AUGAUAGACUAAGUUCAAUCAGCAAAUGAUUUUGAUAAAAAAGAAGAAUCAAACAAUCAAGAUAAAAAAGAAAAGAAGCUACAUAAAAGACUGAGAACUUCAUCAGCCAAUUUAUAUUCAAAGAAGUGCAAGAAAUAAAACAUUUCACCCGCAAAAGGAUCAGCCAAUUAGGCGAAAGUAGCCAAAUUACCUCACCAGCGUUCUCUUUCUGCAAAAAAACCAGCUCUCCCUGUUAUAUUUCAGGAGCAAAGAAUUAACUCUAAUUCUUUGUUACCUAUCUCUGCGCUGUGUUGGAGUGUUACAGAUGCAGUUAGCGGUCAAUUAAUCUACUCUAAGAUGAGUUCUGAAGUAAGAGAAAUGGCUUCUUUGACUAAAAUGAUGACAUUAUAUGUCUGCCAUCAGCUAUCAACUACAUAUAAUCUUAAUGCUGAAUCAGAAGAAAUUAUUGUUCCAAGGAUAGCUGCAUAUACAUGUGGUACAAGUGCAUUCUUAAGAGAAAAUGAGAAACUUUGCCUUCAAGAUUUAUAUUACGCGCUCAUGUUGCCAUCUGGAAACGAUGCUGCUGUAACACUUGCCCACCAUUUUGGAUAGUUGUUAAUUAAGAAUCCCUUACAGCCCAUUAAAAUUCGCUAAUAAUUAAAUAACUCUUUAAUCAAUUAAAUUUAGAUCUAAUAGCAAUCAUAAUAAUGCCCUCAAAAAUAAACUUCUCCAGAAAGAGAUAUGAGUCCAUUUAAAAAAUCUAUGAAAGAAGAUGCGAAAUUACCGAGUGAAAAUCCUGAUUUAUAGCAGAAUUUAAGCUCAUUUUAAUAGUUGGAUUAAAAAAAGAAAUCACAGUAAUAUAUUUCAAGAUUUGUUAAAGAAAUGAAUAAAUAUGCGUAAAAACUGGGCAUGAGAGAUUCGUAAUUUUCAAAUUGCCACGGACUUGCUUCAAAGAGCAAUCGCUCAACAUGCGAAGAUUUAUCAAAAGUGGCGCUAAAUAUUAUCCAAACUCCAUAUCUUUAAUAAAUUUGUUCGACUAAAAAUUAUCAAUGCAUUAUCUACCAUACAAUUAAAAAAGAUAUUAGAAAAGCAGAGUGGGUAAAUACAAAUAAAUUAUUAUGGGAUGAAACUAAUUCUUUUAAAGGAGUUAAGACAGGCUGCACUGAUAAUGCCGGGCCUUGUCUUUGCGUAUAUUAUAAAGAUCCUAUUAAUGUAAAUAUUGAAUUAAUUGUCACAGUUUUGUGCUGUAGAAAUCCUGAAAGAAGGUUUGACGAUUCCUCUAAUCUUGCUAGGUGGGCAGCAAAAUAGCUGAAAUCUUGCUAAGCUCCUAUAUAAUAAUCUACAUCAAAUUAGAAUAAGUUCCAAUUUUACAACCCUUCAAAUUCAAACUAAAAAAACCUCUUCUCAAGAAGCAAUGCGUUCUAGGUAAAAAACAAAAAUGAAAUAUCAUCUGAAAUAAUUCCAUAGCUAGAACAAGUACAUUCUUCUGAAAAGGUUUAUUAACUGGGAAGAACUAUUAAUUCCUUUACUCAACUGACCUCUUUUUGUAAUAUAAAUACAAGCUUUAUCCAAGCUAAUAACAGUAAUACAAUCAAUCUAAAUAAAAGCAUGAUAAAAGCAGCUAAAAAUACUUAGAAAGUCAAAAAAUUAGUUUCACCUCUACUUUAGCAAUCUGAACAAAAUAGAAUAAAUAAGUUUAUCAACUCUAACAUUAAUUAAAUAUAAAAUCACCACUUCAAUGUAAAUUCCUUGUAUGGUAAAGAUGAAUCAGAAUUAACUGAAAGGAGCAUUAUCCCCCAACUGACAAACAGAGGAAACGAAAAUAUUUAAAACACAAAUAAUAGCUAAAUUCAAAGAGACCACUCUGCAAAGUUGUUGUACAAUUCAGCUGAAAAAAAUAUGUCCAUUAAUUUGAUUAAAAAACGUAUUGAAGACAAAACUAAAAUUGAAAACGAAGCCAAAUACUCAAAAAGUCCUACUAAGAUCUAAAAAAUGAUCUCUCAGCUAAAUAGUUGUAAACCGAGUACUAUAUAAAAUGUUCCAUAACUGGUAAUAAGCUCAUCUUAAUCUACUUCCUAUUCGAGCAACUAAACUUCAUCUACAAAUAAAAAUUACAAUGAUAACAUUCUUUCUAUUUAAAGUGAUGAUAAUACUAAUAAUAAUAAUAAUAACAACAACAAUCCUAAUACAAUAAUGUCUCCAACUACAACAAAGUCUAUUCAAAUAAGUCAUUAAAAUAGUGAAAUAUAAAAUUAAAACUUUGAUAUGAGCAAUAAUCCAAGUAUAAUUUAAAAUUCAGAAGAUACUCAACAAGAUCAAUCUCAGUAGAGCAGCUUAUAAUAAAAUUUAAAUAAUAAAUAAGAUUCUCAUACAAGUUAAUUAAAUAUCCUUUUAAAUGAGAGGAUCUAAUACAGAUCUGAAAUAAGAGAUAGCAUAAAAAAACCAAUAGGAGGAGGAAAUAGUAUUAAUUCUAUUUAGUCAAUCAGUUAAAUCCAAAAUUCUGAAAGAGCUUCUUCAUUGAUAAACUAAAGUUUAAUAAACAACUUAGAAAUAAAUAAAUCAACCAACUUGAAUAAUUCAAAUGCAAAUAAUAACAAUAACCACAACAUUAAAAUAUUUUCAAAAUCAAAAAAGAAAAGAUACAUUAUUUCUUGUUUAGCAAAUAUAAAUUGA